GGAAGAGAAAGAAGAGAAGCUCGUUGCGGCUGAGGGCGCUGUGUAGGCCCGGUGUUUUCCCGCGCUUUCUCUUCCUGGCGGGCUCAAAAUUCCCUUCAUCGCUUUGGAGCCUGAGAGAAUUGUUACUACUACUGAAAUAUGUCUAUAUGUGAAGACAUGUUGCUCUGUAAUUAUCGAAAGUGUCGAAUCAGGCUCUCUGGCUAUGCAUGGGUAACUGCUUGCUCACACAUCUUCUGUGACCAACAUGGCAGUGGUGAAUUCAGUCGGUCUCCAGCUGUCUGCCCUGCCUGCAAUAGUACCCUUUCUGGUAAGCUAGACAUUGUUCGAACCGAGCUCAGUCCAACAGAGGAAUACAAAGCCAUGGUGUUGGCAGGGUUGAGACCAGAAAUUGUUUUGGACAUUAGCUCCCGAGCAUUGGCCUUCUGGACAUAUCAGGUACAUCAAGAACGUCUUUAUCAAGAAUAUAAUUUCAGCAAGGCUGAAGGCCAUCUGAAACAAAUGGAGAAGGUAUAUACUCAGCAGAUUCAGAGUAAGGAUGUGGAGCUGACUUCUAUGAAAGGGGAAGUCACCUCUAUGAAGAAAGUAUUAGAGGAGUAUAAGAAAAAGUUCAGUGACAUCUCUGAGAAACUCAUGGAGCGCAAUCGCCAAUAUCAGAAACUUCAGGGUCUCUAUGAUAGCCUUAGAUUACGAAACAUUGCCUUUGCCAAUCAUGAAGGAGUUCUGGAGCCAUCCAUGAUCUCUCAGCCAGCUGCUUUUGGCUUUCCAACAGGGAAUACUUCCAAGUUUCCUGUGGAUAUGACACCAGUUCGAAACUGGGGCAGUGGGGAUGGAGACUUCCAGUUCAGACCAUUUUUUGUGGGCUCUCCCACAGCAGCUGAACCUAGCAAUAGCUUUUUCAGUUUUGCUUCUCCCAGCCAUGAUGCAGUGCCACAGCCAGGUGGUAGCAGAGCCUUUAAAGUGAAAAGAAUGUAGCCCCUUUUGGAAACAGAGGGCAAAGUGAGAAAGAGGGAAAUUUAUAAUAGCUAUGCCUUUCUAUUGUGCCUCAUUUUUCAAAGUUGAAUUCACUAAGAAUCUAGUUUGCUUUCUUGCUAUUCUUUGGUGGUUUCUAACAGUAAAUGGACCUUAGCUGUGGCGUAGCCAUUCUUAUGGUGAGUGUUGUUGCUCAUUCCUGAGAUUAUCAGUUUCCUUGUGCUAUUCUACAGAGUUUGCUGCUUGCUUUGAGAAACUUAGUGAGGAAGGAAGUUGACUUUGGACUCUGUUUUUUUGCCUGUCUAUGUUAUUUUGAAUAAUGAAUGCACUGUUUUAUUAAACUCAGUUUGAUUUUGAACUGUUGCUUAUUUGUGAUCAGUAGCAUUCAGACAAAUGUGGGGAUAUGUGGACAUUUAGAACAACGUUUAGCUUAUUGUAACUAUCUGGCUUGUAUGGCCACAUAUUGUUAUUCCAUAAAAUAUUAAAUAUUGGAAUAUCUCUGUGUGUAGAUAUGUGAGCAUUGUGGCUUUAAGUGUAUAUACAUAUUUACCUGUGUAAGUUCUA